GUGCGCGUUGGAAGAUAAGUAAAACGUUUCAAAUUGAAAUAUUUCACAUAAUGUAAUGAAAUUUCCAUAUAAAAAAUCAGUGAGGAUUUAGUUUUCUAUAUAAAGUCAGUGUGCGUGAAUGUAAAUUAUACAUAAUUCAAUUUUUUUACUUGUGGAAUUGAAAGGAUAUAAUUACGAUUUGGAUUGACCGGUUUAAAAGUUAAAGGAUAUGUUAAAUAUAUGUGACAAAGAAUCGUGAAGGGGAAUGACGUAUAAUCAUGAAUGGAUGUUGACGUAAAAACUGACGUCAGUGAUGAUUCAGAUUUUGAUGAGUUAGAUGAGCCAGAUACCCCUGGAGAUUAUCUGGAUUGCACAGAUGGAGAUCUAUCAAGCCUGGUGGAGCAUUCCUCCAUUAGACACACUAUUACAUCAGGAAUCUCAGUGGAUGCAGGAAAACCGGAUCACCAGGAUUCAAAGAUCAUUCCAUUCUCUAGUAUCCACAAACCACCUAAGGGUUUGACUCACAUCCGGCCAGAUUGCUGGAUGAAAGAUGUGCCUAUAAAUGUUAGUAUCACAGAUGUUCAACGUGAACACCACCCUCAUAUGACCAGGAAAGCUUUCAACCCAAACUUGUACACUAUAGAGAUCACCCAUGGCGAGUAUAAGUGGAUGGUUAGACGAAGGUUCAAACAUUUCGACAGUUUGCACAAAGCAUUACGUCUGUUUAGGGCCAGAUAUACACUCCCAAUGCCGACUAAACAACAUAGGGAACGACGGCAAAGUAUCAGAGAGGAGAGAAAAGAAAGAAAAAUCAAGAAAAAACAAAGAAAAUCCAUCUCAAGAUUUCCUAAUAAACCAGAGAUAAUGGUGAGAGAGGAAGGUCUAGAGAAAAGAAGGCAACAUCUGGAGCUGUAUCUACAGAGUAUUCUGGAAUCUAAAUGGUAUAGGAACCAUACUGAAGUGUUGAAGUUUCUGGAUGUAAGUGAGUUAUCAUUUGUGAACAGACUUGGUCAGAAAUGGAAAGAAGGGGAUGUCAACAAAUGUUCAGGUGGUCGCAGAAUCUCCAUAGGCUGCUGUGGAUGUCUUAAAAAAUAUCAUGUUGCUGGUCGAUGGAGUAAAAGAUGGUUGGUUGUGAAGGAUACAUUUAUUGCAUAUAUACGACCAUCAGAUGGAGUGUUAUGUGAUGUCAUGUUGAUGGAUUCAGAGUUCAGAGUGGAAUCUGGAAUGUCAGCAACAGGUGCCCCUCAUGGUCUCCUUGUUAUGAACCAAUCUAG